CAAAACAGCACUCAUUCGAAUCAGUGAUUUAUUUGCAUAACAAAAGACGUCAACCACAAAACGUCACACCUCGUAAUCGUUUGGGUCUAACUUUAUCCCAAUUGCGAUCAAUGCGCGCUGUCAGUGCUAACCGUUGUGUGCGAGCCAACUGAUCUCUCGUCAGUGUUCGAUGGUGUUUACAGAGUGCAGACGACGCAACGCAAACGAGCUAGUUUUAGAGCUAGGAGAAGGAGAGAGAGAAGAAGUCCACCGGCUAUUCUUUAUUUGGAAAAACGAGAUAGAGACAUGGUGCGCACUUGUGCCUAUCCAGGCUGUACCAACAAAGAUGAGAGUGGGUCUCCUCAAACAUUCCACCGAUUCCCUUUGACGAAUGUAGCUUUGAGGAGACUUUGGCUACUUUCUCUGGGCUUGAACGUGGAGCUCACCCAACUACCGAAGAUGAGAAAGCUUCGCGUGUGCAGUGACCACUUCAGCGAGGACGACUAUCUUCCAGAAGGACAGACAAAGAGACGUAUUUUGAAGAGCACUGCUGUACCUGCACCCCAGGACAAGAGAGAUAUAAUGUCUUCCAUUCACGGCAGUCAAAUCAGUGGGUUGCAAGAAGACUGUAUGAGCCAACAACACAGGAGUUCCCGAAAGAUUUGGUGGAGAAGGUCAUCCAACGACGGCUUGACACCAAUGUGAAGCUCGGAGACCCAGCUUUCCACAUACAUCCUCCAGUCAUCAUACCAGCCAACAUUGCCCCAACACCAAAGCCAAACAAGGCUGAAUUGGUUUCAGCACACAAAUCACGCUUUCAUGAGACACCUGCCACUGAGAAAGAUGACUGAGACUGUAUAUACAUAUAUUGUCAUAGAAGUGU